ACUAGUUUCUUUCUUGGAAAAUGCCACCACCACAAAGUAAGUGUCCCAUGUUACCUAUGACUUAUUAAAGAGUGGUCUUGAUAAAUAAUUGAUGAGGGGUUUUGGGGCAGAAGAGCAUUGUGUUAUAAGGUUGUGUACUAAAACAAACGUCGCAGGUGUUGGACCUGGAUGUUAAAGUAUAACCAACUUUACUACUGAAGUGAUGAGUCUUCAAAAAUUCAUGAUUCUAGCACACAAGACAGUUUACCACCAGUCAGACCUGCAGUGUCUGAAUUGAGUGACUUUUAGAAAGAGAGCGUUUCAUGUUCAAGCAGUCCUAGAUGCGACGAAUGACCCGUUUGUGUCCGCUGGCAGCCCCAGGGAUGUGUCCUGACCUGGGCUGUGGCAUUCUGCGUUUCCUGCGCUACAGCGUCCUGCUCCUGGUCGUCCUGAUCUCGGUCACCCUGUACUACGGCCCUUCCUUUCAAUGCCUGAGUCGGCAGCUGGAGCCAACCCUCAGCUCCCUUCGCCCAGUGCUAAUCCUGGUCUGGCUUUGGCCCUUCAACAAGACCUUCGAACUCGACCUCUGCAAGCCGCGAUUCAACAUAGACGGCUGCAUCCUGACGGCCGACCGGGAGCUGUACAGAAAUGCCGAUGCUGUCCUCGUCCACCACAGGGACAUAGCCUGGGAUCUGUCCAACCUGCCCCAGUCCCCGCGACCGGCGCAGCAGAAGUGGAUCUGGAUGAACUCCGAGUCGCCGUCCAACUCGCUCCGGAUCCCUGGACUGAACAGCCUGUUUAACGCAUCGCUAAGCUACCGGAGGGAUGCCGACAUUACUGUGCCCUAUGGGUCGCUGGUUCCACUCGCCCAGGUGCAGGAUGCACCCGCAACUCCAGAGAAAAGCAAACUGGUGUGCUGGAUAGUCAGCAACUACAAACCGGAGCACAUGCGGGCCCACUACUACAGAGAGCUGCAGAAACACGUCCCGAUUCAUGUCUAUGGGGACUUCUUCAACAGGCACGUUUCAGAGCAGGAAUACCGGGAGAUCGUCUCCGGCUGCAAAUUUUACCUCUCCUUCGAGAACUCAGAGCAUGAAGACUACAUCACGGAAAAACUGUUCAACGCUCUGGAGUUGGGCACUGUGCCGGUGGUCCAAGGUCCCUCCCGCCAGAACUAUGAGCGUGUUGUCCCUGGCGACACCUUCAUCCACGUGCAGGACUUCCCUUCCAUGGCAGGCCUGGCCAGGCACCUCCUCCUCCUGAAUGAAAACCAUGCCCUGUAUCACUGCUACUUCCGAUGGAGGAGGCAAUUCCAGGUGAAAAUCUCCUCCUUUCCCAUCGAAAAUGCUUGCCACUCGUGUGAUUACAUCCGGCGGAACAGGAAGUACCAGGUGCUGACGGAUCUCUACCAGUGGUACUGGGAGAUGAGUGAAAGAGGAGAUCUGGUGUCGUUUCUCUACUAACUCCUUCUCUAACACCACUCACUGGAGGAAGCCUUUUGCCAUUCACCCAUUAAUCUGUUGAUUUGUUUCGGAGUAUAUGAUACUGUUUUUAUUAAAUAAUAUAAAUGAAUUAAUUUUCCCCCGUGUCGGUCAAAAGGUUAGUUUACAUUUCAGCCCUCAAGAACCACUUGGGAAAUGGCACAAUAGGCUCUCUCUCUCACACACACACACACACGGUUAUUUAUUUAUUGUAGGCUUACAGUAAGACUCUAUUCCACUGUCAGUUUAUGUUAGAACAAACUUUGGUAGUCUGCUUUGUUAGGUAUUGAAUGUGGCGAUGUUAAUCAAAUAUUAAAUAUUAUAUUCGUUUUUAGGAAGGUUUGUUACAGUGGCUACUCUGCAGGUAGAUGUAGUUGAUGGUGGGGUGUCAAUGCAUUAACUGUUAAAUUGUGUAAUUUAACUGAUUAAUAGAUAUUAAUGAAUAAACUGUAGUGGUUAGCAGUGUCCAGUCAAAGUGAGAUAAAAUAACAAAAUUGAAUAAAUUAUGAAAAAUCA